CUCCUACUUAAAUACGUCGAUGCAAGUUCCACACAAUUCCCACUCAAAUCAGAAUCUGAUCACCACAAACACAUUGCGAACCAAACACAGAAAGUCAUGUCUGUUAUUGCUUUCUUUCUCUUCACCCUCAUCUACUUUUCAAGUUCAUAUUGCUCUGCGGGAUAUCAGAAUCGACACAGGUACAUGGAGAGGAACCUAAUGAUAGCGUUGGCAAGCAAGAUUGGUAUCAACUAUGGUAGACAAGGAAACGACCUCCCAUCUCCUUACCAAUCAAUAAAUUUCAUCAAAUCCAUCAAAGCUGGUCAUGUCAAGCUCUACGACGCCGAUCCAGAGACUCUAACACUCCUCUCUCAUACCAACCUCUACGUCUCCAUAACCGUCCAUAACCACCAGAUCACUUCCCUCGGCACCAACCAAACCACAGCUGAAGAUUGGGUCAAAACAAAUAUCCUCCCUUACUAUCCACAAACCCAAAUCCGAUUUGUCCUUGUCGGAAACGAAAUCCUCUCCGUCCAAGACAGGAACGUAACGGCCAAUCUCGUACCUGCGAUGCGCAAAAUCGUGAAUGCUCUCAGAGCUCAUGGCAUCCACAACAUCAAAGUCGGGACAUCUUUACCUAUGGAUUCUCUCCGGUCGACGUUUCCACCGUCGAACUCAACGUUCCGUGAAGAUAUCGCCGGACCGUUGAUGUCGCCGUUGCUGAAGUUUCUCAACGGAACAAACUCUUACUUCUUCAUCAAUCUUCAACCUUACUACCGUUGGUUGAGAAACCCUAUGAAUACUAGUUUGGAUUAUGCUUUCCAAGGGAAUUCAACUUAUACCGAUCCUCAUACCGGUUUGGUUUACCAUAAUCUCGUAGACCAAAUGUUGGAUUCGGUUAUCUUCGCCAUGACCAAACUCGGUUACCCACAUAUCCGCAUUGCGAUCUCCGAAACCGGGUGGCCUAAUUCCGGAGACAUCGAUGAAACCGGAGCCAAUAUACUCAACGCAGCAACGUAUAACCGGAAUUUAAUCAAGAAGAUGACCGCAAUUCCACCAAUCGGUACACCAGCUAGACCCGGUUUACCUAUACCGACAUUUGUUUUCUCAUUGUUCAACGAAAACCAGAAAUCCGGUUCGGGAACACAGAGGAAUUGGGGAAUCUUGCAUCCUGACGGUACACCGAUCUACGACAUUGAUUUCACCGGUCAAAAACCGUUAACCGGUUUUAACCCUUUGCCUAAACCGACGAACAAUGUUCCUUAUAAGGGUCAAGUGUGGUGCGUACCGGUCGAAGGAGCCAGCGAGGCUGAGCUUGCGGAAGCUUUGAGGAUGGCUUGUGGCCGAAGCAACACAACGUGUGCGGCUUUGGCUCCUGGGAAAGAAUGUUACGAUCCGGUCUCUAUUUAUAGGCACGCAAGAUAUGCGAUUAGCUCGUACUGGGCCCAGUUCCGUACCCAAAACGUCGGAUGUUAUUUCAAUGGACUGGCUCAUGAGACUACGACUAACCCUGGAAAUGAUCGCUGCAAGUUUCCGAGCGUUACUCUGUGAGGAAAAAAAAACUGAAAGAGAUUGAAGAUGAGUAAAAUUACUCAAUAUUGUUUUUCACUAUGCAUUUUAUGCUUCUUGUUUCUUGGAAUGUUGAGAAAAAAUUGAAUAACUAAUAAAUAACCUUUUAAAAAAGAAAA